AUGCCAGAUUCACAGACAGUGAAAUCUCCCAAGGUCAUCAUUGCAGGUGCUGGUCUGGCUGGCCUCACCAUGGCCAUCCUCCUUGAGAAGGCUGGCAUCGAGUACCAGGUGCUUGAGCGUAGCUCAGAAAUCCAGCAGACCCUUGGCGGCGCCAUCAUCCUCUCCUUCAAUGUCAUGCCCCUCAUGGAGCAGCUUGGCGUCCUCGACCAAAUCGAGGCCAUCUCAUUUCCUAUCGAGACAACCAUGAUCUACAAGGAGGACAUGGAAGUCAUCCGCGAAAUCAACCUCAGGAGUAACAGAAAGAUGGUUGGUUAUGGAACGCAGGUUAUUCCCCGCCCCCAGCUCCAUGCAAUCCUGUUGGCAUUAGUUCCCAAGGAAAAGAUCCUCGUGAAUAAGUCGAUCGAGUCUCUUGUCCAGGACACCGAGUCUGUCACCGUCACCUGCGAGGACAAGUCCACGUAUACUGCAGAUAUCCUCAUUGGUGCCGAUGGCAGCGACAGUGGUACCCGCCGGGCUCUCUACAAGGACCUGGAGAAGGAUGGUAUAACCCCAAAAAUCAUCGAGGAGGAGAACAAGACUCUUUACAUGAGCGUCUUUGGUACCACCGAUCCCAUGGACCCCGCCAACUUUGAGGGGCUCGACGAUGACUGCACACGUUGCGACACCGUCGUCGGCGACGAGCGUGGCUUGACCUACAGGACGUUUAUUAUCCCCAACAACCGCGUGUCAUGGAGAGUCGAUUUCCAGUCUAGCGAAAUGGACCCUGAGUGGGUCGAGGGCUACAAGAACGCAGACUACAAGGCUUUCGAUCUGAAGAAGAUGCCCGAGAGGUGGAGAGGCCGCGAGUUGGCGAUGAUGGGCUCCCUUGGAAUCCUCUUUGAUAACACCCCCCAGGAUAAGAUCUGCAAGGUCGUCCUCGAGGAGAACAUUUACGAAAACUGGAAGCAUGGACGCACUGUCCUCAUCGGCGAUGCAUUGGAGGGUAUUCUGGAUGCAAUUGUGUUGGCGAACCUGAUUUACGAGAUGCCCAUAAGCAAUCACAAGAACAUCACCAAGGCAUUUGACGAGUUCUACGAAGAGCGCUUCCCUUCCCCCCGGAGAGAGCUCAAUCCCACCCAGCAGGCCACCCACGUCAUGUUUGGUCGGACCUGGUUGGAUGUGGCGGGUCGGUACUUGUUGUUGAAGCUGGUGCCCAAGUACUUCAAGGAGAAGAGCCGAGAUUACAUCAACUAUUACAGACCCCAGGCAGCAUUCCUCCCAAGAGUCGACACCAAAGGCGAUAACCCUUCCACCCCUCAACGGACGUCCAAGAAGUAUGCAAACUACUUGAAGUCCAAGGGUGCUUCUGAUAGUACUCCUGCCGCCGCUGUUUAA